AUGGCACCAGCUACUCCUGCCAACGAUGAGGCACACCAGCAGCUUCUCAACCAGCUCGAUAUCUCUCAUAUCCAUAAACCAUUCCGCAAUCCCCACUGGAAACCCUCCCAGCGCCGCAACAAGAAUGUCAAGCAGAUCAUCUCGGAGACUGCGCGCAAGGAAGCCUCAGUGAUGGCGACCCAGGCCAAUUCCGGCGCUACCACCCCCUUUGUCGGCACAUCCGGGGCUACGACUACUGAUGGUGCAGCCAGUCCAGCUGAAGGAGCUGGAAACCCGCCGAAUCUGGCUCAGGCUGCCCGGAACCUGUCGUCGUUGGUCCUUGAGAAGAACGCACGAGCUAUGUUCCCAACUGGACCCGCAGUCACCUACACCAACAUUGAGUCCGCACCAUCGCUCAGUCCGGCUAACCAGCGCAACUAUUGCGAUAUUACGGGGUUGUCUGGUCCCUACACUGACCCCAAGACCCGGCUUCGCUACCAUGACAAAGAGAUCUUUGGUGUCAUUCGAAGCCUGGCUCAGGGCGUGCCAGAGAAUUACCUUGAGGCCCGCGGUGCCCAAGUAAUCUUGAAAUAA